AUGGCAGCUCAGGCAAACGAGCAAUCGGCCCAGUCGCCUCCGGCUCACAGAGAAAGUGUCCAAAGCGACCAAGAGUCGAUCAAGCGUUCUCAAAAUAAUGAAAAUAGCCCACAGCACAGCUCAACGGAGAACGGCUAUGAUAAUAAUGCAACCAACCAGGUAGCUCAGCGACAAGCCCGACAAGAUAUGGUCCAAAACCAACAAUUCAAUGGCGAGGGAGACGGGGCCUCUCAGCCACAAGACGCACAACAAAUUGCACCGCAGAACCAGCAGAUGCAAAGCAAAGGCAAAGGCGCACCGUCCAUAAGGCUAGAUAUGGAUCUUGAUGUCGAUAUCGAGUUAAAAGCAAAGAUAAAGGGCGAUAUAGAGUUAUCUAUAUUGGGGUGGUGA